ACAGGCAAACUUUGGACUGACUUGAUGCAUGACGAAUAUCGAGUCGGUUAAAAGUAUCCCCUGAUGUAAACAGAGUCAGAGGGAGAAUGAUGGGAUCAGAGACAUCAGGUCCUAAAGGAAAAAAGCCGCCGGCCGACAUGCCUCUGAACGUGAAGGACUCCUGCUACGGCCCGGUGUCGGGAGCCGCCGGGCUGUCCAACGGCGAGGAAGCCUCGGAGACGACGCCUCUGCUGCCCUCGGAGCCAGUCUACGCGUGGCGGCCCCUGGACCAGCAGGAGCUGCGGGCCGCGGCGGGAGGUCCCGGCUGGAGGAAGAUCCGCCAGUCCCUGGUGCUGCUGUUCUGGAUCUCCUGGGUGUCCUUGCUCGCUGUCGCGCUCACCAUCGUCGUGAUGAGUCCGCGGCCGGUUCCGACGUGUCUCAAGUGGUGGCAGAAAUGCCUGUUUUACCGUCUCCGGGCAGAGCCGGACGUGGGUACGGAGGCCGAGAGGUCAGAGGUCAUCAAUGCGGCGUGCAAGCGCCUGCCCCACCUCAGGUCUGUGGGCAUCGGAGCUGUAAUCCUGGAGGAGGUGUUUCAUAAAAAACCACCAGUGGAAAAUGCCACUACCCCCAGUGAAAACCUGGAAGCUCUGGCUCAGAUCCAGCAUCUGCUCACAGAGUGUAAGGAGUUAGAUCUCAGGGUGGUGUUGGACCUCUGUAAUGUAAAUUUGUCUGAACUUCAGGAAGAAACAGGAAACUCAAACCAUUCUGCUGCAGAAAAGCAUGCUUUGCGGUUCUGGUUGGAGCAAGGCGUAGCAGGUUUUGUAAUCUGUGAUACAGAUGCAGUUUAUUCAGUAGAGACUCUGCUGGAGUGGAGAGGUGUCCUUGAUGAAUUCAGCCCUUAUCAUAACGAAAGGAUUUUGGUGGUAAAGCAGACUACAGACGUUCUGCAUCCACUAAACGUCUCGACCUACGGCAACAUCACGCUCAUUAAUGUGGUCAUGAGGGCCGUCUUACCAAAGUCUCGUCACCUCCUGUCGGCUGCAGAAGUAGCCGAGGCUCUAGAGACGCGGGUGCAACUCAAACGGGAAGCUGCAUGGCCGAGCUGGAGCGUUGAAGGAGAAGCAUCUCAGGAUCUGCAGCAGAUACUGCUGGUGCUGGUGAUGACUCUUCCAGGAUCACCUGCUUUCCAGUCUCAGGAGACGACUGAACAAACACAGGACGAGAGGACGCACCGUUCAGCCGUCACGCUCUUCACCACUCUGAGCCGCUCAAAGAACAGAGAAGAAGCUCUUCUGUAUGGCAACUUCACCUUCCUCUCCUUCAACACCUCCUCCAACGCUUCUUCUCCUCUCGUCCUGGCCUUCCUGCGCUCCUGGGGCUGCGUUCAUUUCCUCGUUCUGCUCAACCUCGGACCCGAGCCUCACCCUCUGGACUCUGCUUGGACCCAGAGUCUGCCUGAAAAGGGGAUGUUUGUUGCCAGCACGGGGAUGAACCGCCUGGGCAUGACGUCUCUGUACUCCAUGACCCUGCAGCCCCACGAAGCCGUCGUCAUCAAACUGUUUCAGGCUGGAAGCUACGCGUAGAGCCGCCGACCAAUCAGCCAUCUUCUCAAAGUCGGGAGCGUGUGAACAAUUUUAAAAAUAAGUGUUGAAAAUAAAAUGAUUUUGUU